AUGCCAAGCAGAAUUGUAAUUGUGGGUGCUGGUUUCGCCGGAGUUUGGAGUGCCCUCUCCGCCCAACGUCUCAUCAACCUCAAUAGCAAAAAGCAAGACAUUCAAGUUCUCGUCAUCGCCCCCGAACAAGCACUGAUCCUCCGUCCUCGUCUAUACGAACUCAAUCCCUCGAUGAUGAAACAACCCCUCGGGCCACUUUUUACACAUGCCGGUAUUGAGUUCUUCCAAGGAAUCGUGGAGACAAUCGACACAAACUCACAGACAGUUCAUGUCAAAUCCGCAUCUGGUGACAAAUCUGAUAUUACUUACGAUCGGCUCGUGCUUGCAGCUGGGAGCACAGUUACCCGACCCAAGAGUAUUACCGGGCUUGAGGAGUAUGGCUUUGACAUUGAUUCAAUCGCCGCUGCAACCAAGCUUGAGUCUCAUAUCAAGAAUCUGGAAUUCCUUCCCGUCAGCAAAGCCCGCAACACUGUGGUUGUCUGUGGCGGUGGCUUCACUGGUAUUGAGAUUGCGACAGAGCUACCCAACAUGCUCAAGCACAUUAAGAAACCGCGCAUUGUACUCGUUGAAAGUGCCUUAGUCGUUGGGCCUGAACUUGGAGAAGGGCCGCGUCCUAUUAUCAUGAAAGCUCUCGAAAGCCUCGGUGUUGAGCUCAAGCUCGGUGCUUCUGUUACUUCAAUUGACCCAAGUGGCGUCAGUCUUUCGUCAGAAGAGCGGAUUGAAGCGAUGACUGUCAUCUGGACCGCUGGCGUGCGAGCAACGUCCCUCGCACAACAAAUUCCUGGGCAGAAGGAUACGCUCUCCCGACUUUGCGUCGACCAAAAUCUCCGUGUCCCUGGCUGUCCUUGCGUAUUUGCAACCGGUGACGCCGCCCAUGCCGCCACUGAUACUAAAGGCAAUGUCACCAUGCCCUCAUGCCAACACGCCGUUGUCCUCGGUCGUUUCUCAGGACACAACGCAGCAGCAGACCUCGUCGGCGAACCAACCAUUCCGUAUUCUCAACCUGGAUACGGCACUUGCCUUGAUCUUGGGCCUUGGGGUGCGCUGUUAGCUAAUGGCUGGGAAAGGGAGGUCACAGUGACCGGUCAGAUCGCGAAGCAGGUGAAGAGAUACGUCAACCAGAAAAUUAUCAUACUUCCGGAUACCGCUAAGGAGGCCCUAUAUGCUGCAGAUCCAGCUUCUUAUGACUCUGAAAGUCGUCUUAAGCGUGUGCUCGGUGUGCUGGGGUGGACAUUGCGCAACUAC